AGGAGGAGGAGCGAGCGGCGAAUGGAAAUGAUGCGUAUCUGGCGCGGGUCGCCUGCUUGCGCUUCAGAGACAAAACCCCUAUCUGUUUCGCCUGCCCCCGGAGUGACUGAGACAUGGUUAAGGCCUGUUACUCUCAGCUCAGAGGAUGGCACAAGAAGUCUCAGAGGCAGCAAGAGAAACCGUAGACUCCGAACUGAUUGUCCAGCAUCCCAAGACAAUUAAGGCGGGGCAAUCAGGACAUGCUGCUUUCAUCCCAAAGUGCAUUACAGAUAAAAAAUACCCCCUGGCAGUCACCCUUGUGGUUACAGUUCUGCUCAUUGUCAUCAUUGCAUUGGCUGUUCGAAAACCACAGCCUUGUUCACCGUGUCCUCCUCUUGCUGAUGCUGCCUGCCCACAACACUGGAUUGGGUACCAUGGAAAAUGCUACUAUAAAUCUGAAGAUGAUGGGGAUUGGAAUAGCAGUGAAACAAAAUGUUCCACAUUUGGUGCUACCUUGGCACUGAUCGAUUCGCAGUGGGAUCUGAGUUUUUUAGUGAACAUGACUCGCCCUGUUCAUCAUUGGAUUGGCCUCUCAAGGCAAACAGGCCUGGCAUGGAAAUGGCAGAAUGGCACAGAGUUUGAAGAUCAGUUUCUUGUGCGAGGAGACAACAUGUGUGCCUACCUGGACGACACUGGGGUGAGUAGUACCAGGUGCUCCCUGGAGAAGAACUUCCUCUGCAGCCAGCCAGAUGCCUGCUCCAGGAAGAGAAAAACAAACCUCGCCGGAAAGGAUAUGUGACUUACUUGGUGUGGAAGAGGACCAAAGCCACCUCUGAAGUGAUGCAAGAGACAGUGGUGGUAGAACCAACCACUCUUCGUGGCUAGUACAGUGCCUGGGCCCAUCGUUACUAUUAUUAUACCCCUUUUCAUCUGGUCUUUUUCUACAACAGAGUUGAGGGAGUAUAAUAUUUACAAAACUGAUAUGGGAAUCUGGACUUGAAUCUCCCCUCUGCAAUGAACCUACCAGGCAGCCUUUCCAAUCUGCUGUCCCACAACCUCUGUUUUUCUAUGCGUGCACACACACACACACACACACACACAAGAAACAUAUAGGAAUAAUAAUGAGACAUAAUGCACAUGAAGCCCUUUGAACCUUCUAAAUUCUGUCAGCGGGUACCUGCUGUAGAGAUAAUGCAGCAUGCACCAUGAAAUGCAAGCCAAUGAGACUCAGGUGUGUUUGCAUCCCAGUUUGAAGUAAUUAGCAUACCAGUGCCUCCACACAAGUCGAGUGCCUCUGGAAAGGGGAAAGGAAAAAGGGGUUACAGCCCUAAAACAUACCUCUGCCAUUGGGAGAGGAGACAUUUUCUGCUUCUUCCUCUUGCUCCUCUUCUAGGUCUAGUUGAAAACACACACACCUUUCACAUGCUGUCUGGCACCUCUGUGGACAUCUAUUUGUCACAGUAGGCUGGGGAUAGGGUAGGAAGAAUAGCAGAUAUCCAAGCAAGGUUGGAGUAAGCCGUGGCUGCUUCAUGUCUCGAUAUUUCACAGUAUUGAAGGGUCCAAUGCAACUCUUUUGAGUUAUUAUUGUCAGGUUUGCCAAAGAGUAGGGGGAAGUAGAAGCACGUGCCCAGAGAAUCCAUGUGUAUUUCUCUACUGGAAGAGAAACAGGUCUGAAAAGAAAUACUUAAA